AUAGUCCUGAGGCCGGCGCGUAUCUACGGACGACGUUAAUGAACUGGUUCCACCAAAUUUGCACCUUCUGAUUUAGAGAAGGGUGGAAAUAAACAAGAUCCAUAUAAACCCUAAUCUGUACCUCGCCAUUGUACACACUCUCUCUCUCUCUCUCUCUCGCUCGAUCUCUCUCGUUUCUGAAAUCGUGUGCCGGUAUCUCAUGGCGUUCCGUUGCUCGUUCAACCUCGAGGACGACGACCAGGUGCACAUAUAUCGUCAUUUGCUUCCCCAUGCACGUACUUCGUAUCUUGCGCGACGCAUGGUUCUGUUCGAAGAAAUCUCGAGCGUGAGGAAGGUGAUACUGAACAGGCCCACGAAACUGAACUGCCUCACUUAUGAAAUGGUGGUUCAGAUGUUAAGGGCUUUGGAAGCAUAUGAAUGUGAUCCUGCAGUCGAAUGCAUAACUCUGAAGGGAAAGGGCAAGGCGUUCUGUUCCGGAGGAGAUGUCAAAGGAUUCAUCUGUUCAUCAGGGGCAGGGCAUUGGAGCUUUGCUGGUGCUUUUUACAGGAGUCAGCUCAUGCUGGAUUAUCUGAUAGCCACUUACAGUAAACCUGUGAUCGCGCUGGUGGACGGGAUCGUGAUGGGCGGAGGAGCCGGCCUCGCCAUGCAUGCCGCGUUUCGCGUCGUCACCGAGAACACGGUAUUUGCAAUGCCAGAAGCAUCGAUAGGUCUAUUUCCAGAUGUUGGUGCAUCGAAGUUCCUGUCCAAGCUUCCGGGCUCUUUCGGAGAAUAUCUAGCGCUCACCGGCGCUCGCCUCGACGGCAGCGAAAUGCUCGCUUGUGGUCUUGCAUCUCAUUUUGUGCUCUCCAAGGACCUUCCAUUGCUGGAAAAGAGUGUGUGCGAGGAAGCACCUCUUAAGAAAUCAACCAUUUCCGAUUUAUUAAACAGAUUCGCUCAUAAACCAAGCCUCAAGGAAAGCAGCACUUUCAGGAGGUUGGAGAUUAUCAAUAGGUGCUUCUCAAAACCCACCGUCGAAGAGAUACUAUCGUCAUUGGAAAAUGAGGUUGAAAACGAUGGAGAAAAGAAAUGGAUCAAAGAUGCUAUAAGGUCAAUGAGAUCAGCCUCUCCAACAAGCCUCAAGAUAACUCUGAAAUCGAUGAGAGAAGGACGGGCACAAACUAUUGAAAAAUGUCUGGCUCAUGAAUACAUAAUUUCUUGCCACAUGUUGCGCCGGUCCAUGCAUCGAGAUUUCUAUGAGGGUUCGAGAGCGAUGCUAUUCGACAAGGACAGAAAGCCCCAGUACAGUGGGACCCGCCCAAGCUGGAAUCGAUCACCGACGAGAUGGUCGGCAAGUUCUUCACGGGUCUCGUCGGGAUCGACCCGCAUUGGGUCGACUUGCAGCUUCCGAUCAGAUCAGGCCGAACCAUGGCCCGGGCAAAGCUCUGAGGGACGUCCGAGAUUUUGGCGAAAUGAAUUGGAAAGCCAGAACCAUCACAGCUUGUAUGAUAUUUUCACUUCUAGUUCGAGCGAUGAGCAGACUUAUUUUAUAUCUUUGGAGUGUUGCACUGAUCUAUGAAUCUUCUAUCUAGAGAUGCUCGUGACGAUGAGACGUGUGUAUCUACGAAGCAUGUGAACGUCGCAUUUCAAUUUAUGAAAACGAAAAAAGGAUGGACAUCUCGGGCUUUCGUUCGCAGAUGUACCGGAAUGCUCUCGCAAGAACAAGAUCCCGAAGCUGGGAAAGAAUGAGGGUAUUGCUAUGCCACGGCGAGUCGGUGGCAAACCCCUGAAUCCUUCGUCUCGUCACAUAAAUCACAUGGACUAAGGCCCUCGAUUUUGACUAAAUCUAUUGUAACAACAAAUCGUGAGGAUGAAAGAAGAUAAACCUCCCGACUUAGAACUCCAUAAGUCGUCUCUUUCCGGUCUCCGAAAUAGGGACGCAGCUUAUGCCUCAACAGUCAAUCCCGCUCCAAUUGUUUUGCACCAUUAAAGAUGAUCAAAAGUUCAAAGCACGGCUCUAAAGAAAUGCAGGCGUGCAGAGUGCGAUCCCUCUUUGAUGUCAGCAGACGUGAGAUUUGUUCGCGACAAAGUAAAGGAACCAGGAGGUGUCUCUCUCAUUCCAACCUGUAAUAUUAUGGGGGAGAAAGACCGACAUAAGUCCGUGGCAAGUAAAAGAAAACAAUACAAUUUCAACCUCA